CUGUAUGAUUGACUUUGCAAAACUGCCGUAUAGUGUAAUUUCGUUGCAAGUGAAGUGAAAACCUGGGUAUUUGGAAGCCAUUUUAUAAUAUUCGUCUACUGACGGAUUUUGUACUUUCAGUUUUAAUUGUACACAUUUUUAAAUUGGCUGUGAUUUGGCGGUGUGGUGUGUGUGCGAGUGGGUGAAACCGAUAGACCAAAAAUAGACAUGUCUGUGUAUAUUUUUUGUUGACAUAGAACGUUGCGACUUGAUCGUCCUUCGUUCUCGUCAAAUAAAAAUAUUCUCGGUGCUUCAGGCAGUGUUUAGUAGUUACCUGAAGCCCUGGAAGGUGUACAAGUCCUCACGAUGGGCAAUAAUGCCGCAACGGCCAAUAAAAAAGUAGAUUCCGCGGAGAGUGUCAAGGAAUUCCUUGAUCAAGCCAAAGAGGAUUUUGAGGAGAAAUGGAAAAAGAAUCCCACAAACACCGCCGCCUUGGACGAUUUUGAUAGAAUUAAAACACUAGGAACGGGAUCGUUUGGGCGGGUAAUGAUAGUUCAACAUAAACCUACAAAAGAAUAUUAUGCAAUGAAAAUUCUCGACAAACAAAAAGUUGUUAAAUUAAAACAGGUGGAGCAUACUCUAAACGAAAAGCGAAUUUUGCAAGCCAUCAGUUUUCCAUUCCUGGUCAGUCUACGAUUUCAUUUCAAGGACAAUUCAAAUCUGUAUAUGGUUUUGGAGUAUGUGCCAGGUGGUGAAAUGUUUUCGCACCUGCGAAAGGUCGGUCGAUUCUCCGAACCGCACUCUCGGUUUUACGCCGCUCAGAUAGUGUUAGCUUUCGAAUAUUUGCACUACUUAGAUCUGAUCUAUCGCGAUCUGAAACCCGAAAAUUUACUCAUCGAUUCGCAAGGUUAUCUUAAGGUGACAGAUUUCGGUUUUGCCAAACGAGUGAAGGGACGUACCUGGACGCUUUGCGGCACCCCUGAAUAUUUGGCACCUGAAAUUAUACUUAGCAAAGGAUAUAAUAAGGCUGUCGACUGGUGGGCGCUGGGAGUCUUGGUGUACGAAAUGGCUGCAGGUUAUCCACCGUUCUUCGCCGAUCAGCCCAUUCAGAUUUACGAAAAAAUUGUUUCGGGAAAAGUUCGGUUUCCCUCGCACUUCGGGUCGGAUCUUAAAGAUUUGUUACGUAAUUUAUUACAAGUAGAUCUUACAAAGCGUUACGGGAAUUUGAAGGCGGGCGUCAACGACAUCAAGGGACACAAAUGGUUCGCGUCAACGGACUGGAUUGCCGUAUUUCAAAAGAAGAUAGAAGCACCCUUCAUCCCAAGAUGCAAGGGUCCGGGCGAUACUAGUAAUUUCGAUGAUUACGAAGAAGAGGCACUUCGCAUUUCGUCUACGGAAAAAUGUGCUAAGGAGUUUGCCGAAUUUUGAACGUCCCAAUGUGUGCGUGCAUUGUAAUUAUGUUAUAGAUCAUUUAUGUGUUUGCCAGAGUUCAUAUAAGCUGACAGAAUAAUUUUAGAAGAAAACAAUUGGUCGAAUCUUGCGUUGGUAAGGUGUAGAGUAAAUUAAUUUAUUCAUACAGUGAAUCUCGUAAGAAAUUGUUGUAUGUAGCGGUUAGUUUGUGUGUGUGUGACAAAUAUAUUAAUUGCAGACAGUAAGUAAAUAUAAGCUAGCCGAAAUUGGCCACGGGAUGUGCUAUAUGUUCAGAAAUACAGUCAGAUUAUUUUUAUAAGUAGCUAUUUUAAGAAUAUCAUACUUCUGAAAGUUGGAAGGGAAUUGAAAAUAAUGAAAGUAAUAAUAUAACUUCACAACAUUUUAAUAAUUAGGUCUUAUUAUAUUUGUGUAUUCGAGUAUCUGUUACAGUUGGAAAUUGCGCAAUUUUCAAUAAUUUGUAAUUUGCAUGGCAUCAUAUUGACAAUUUUAUUAUGGAUUUAACUCGGUAUAAAAGUUGGACUUUGAGAGCAUAUUUUUAUUCGUUAAAAGUCAAUGACGCUCAAUUGUGAUUAGAAAUAAAUGGCCAACAAUAAGAAAAACGCUUUGAAAAUUAAUUUAUCCUUGAAGCAAAUCGCUUGAUACCAAGAAGUUAUUUUUUGGCAAAACUGUUUGAGUGGUGCCAUGUAAAAGUUCAUUUUCUUUGGAAAAUGUUUUAUUGUAUAUAUUAAGUAUAUUAUUAAAUGUGUAAGAAAGUGGAAAAUAUUCAUUUUUAGUUGUACCCAGAUUUGAAACAAUCUUAAAAUGUAACUGACUGCUUUUAGUUUAUCGUAAGCGUUGUGAUCUGCUUAUCUGAUAAUUGCUCUUAUUAUAAUAUUUGUUAUGUUAACAAUGUACCCAUAGGAAGUAGUCUCUUUCCAAUUAUUUUAUUAUAUUAAAUUCCUGCAUGAUACGUAUAUUCUCAGCUUGAUUAUGAAUCUAUGAAUUUUAUUAAAGUGCAUUCAUGUUAAAUUCUAAAGUUAAUAAGGUGCUCUAAAAUAGAUUCACAAAAAAUACAAAUCGUAGUGGUGUAUUUAUAUUUUUUGUGCGCUUACUGAACAUUUUAAAUACAUAUUUAGCAACGUGUAUAACUGCCACAAUGUAGUCUUUAAAAAUUGUGAAUGUCUCAGUUUGUCCUGUACUGCUAAUCGCUUUAAACUUAAAAAAGGUUAUUGCUUCAUACCAAAGAGAUUUUUAUUGUGGACUUGUUGCUUUUACUCAAUUAUGUGAAUGGAAAAUGCAUCCUUAAUUGUUUUGAAGAGUUUUAGUUUUGAACAAUACAAGUUCUGUGAGGAAAGGAUGGAUCGUUAAUUGUUGAAAAAGCAUUUUAGUAUUUUAUUGGCAAGUUAUCAAAGUUAAAGGUCAUUGUGAAAUUAAGCAAUAAAUAUAAUGUAGAUCUUCGUAAAAUCAUUAUUGUGAGUUUUAUUUAUUUUUAUACAUAAAACUUUUUGGGUUGGCACACAUUCUUUUUUUAAUUACUUAUAGAAUAUCUGCUGCAUAUUAUACAGUUAAUGUAAUCUCUUUUACCGUUAGAAAAAAAAGGAGUGACUAUCGUAAUUCUGUGAUCAAUAAAGAUCACAAUGACUUAAUAUUAAUUUAAAUCUAAUUGUUUAAGAAAGUUUGAAACACCAUUUUAGUAAUCAAAUUUGUGUAAUGGUCCAUCUACCAAUUAGUAGUUGUAGAAAAUGGGAAAAAUGGGCAGAUUAGAUAGUUGUAUAUAUUAUUUAUAAAAUGUGUUGUAAUGGCUUUGUGUCGAUGUGCGUAUUUACGUAUGGAUGAAAAAACUAAGUGAUCAUGUUUUACCAAUCUUCGUUCUUGUCAGUUAAAGAAUAAGCAAAAUUAGUCCGACUGCAAUUGCUUCUAGUGUAAUGCAUAAGUAAAUGUCAUUUAUUAGCACCCUACUUUAUUAGUUACACUACCGUUUUAUUGUGAAAAUUAGUAAUAAGUAAUUGUGCUUUAAAUUUUCCAAAAUUGAUCACACAUGUAUUAUUGUACAUUACCUUAGAUAUAGGCCUUACUUGCGAAAUUUGUUUAACAUAUGUAAAUCGUACGGGUAGUACAUAAAAUAUUUAAGGUCGUUCAGUCUUUUUUUCUCACAAUGUUGUACAAAUUUCGCAUAUUUAUGAAUAGUCAAUUAGUCUUUACGUUAAUGUAACCACGUUUUCAGCCAGCCAAUAUGUAUUGUUCUGUUUGUUGUAUUUUGUUAUUGUAUAGUAUUUUGUCCUCUACUAAUAUCAUGUAUUCAACAUGUCAUUUUAGAGAAGUUCUUUGAGAACCAGUUUUCAAAUGUUGUUUUAAACAAUUUAAAAAAUAAAGAAGACUAUCCUAGUGAGAGCA